GAACCCGGAAGGGGAGGCUGGAGAGGAGCGAGUGGGGGAAACCCGCGUAGCCGAGAAGAGCUGCGGCGCGGAGAGAUGGUGGCCUGCGGAGCCUCCCCUGACCAUCCAGGCAGGUCCUGAAAUGCGGUGAACCCCGGCCUGUCUGCUACCGUUUCCCAGGAUGGACCGCAGCGGCCUCCUGCCCUUCCAGCUCUGGUGCCCCCGGCCCUUUGGCACCUACUCCCAGAACCAGCCGCGCCCGCCUGCCGCGGCCCUCAAGCCAUCAGCCUGCCCAGAGCCGGGCAGCGGGACCGAGCCAGACCACGGGCCUGCCCACUCAGAGAACACCCCGCCCACCUUGGCCACGGAGGCCCCUGCCUCCCAGCCUGCCCCGCUCCUCUCCGCAGCAGCUGCUGGCGAUGAGGGCCGAGUCCUGCUGGACACGUGGUACGUGAUCAAGCCCGGGAAUACAAAGGAGAAGGUGGCCUUCUUUGUGGCCCACCAGUGUGGUGGGGGCAGCCGGGCCAGCUCCAUGAAGGUCAAGGGGCACUGGGGCAGUGACAGCUCCAAGGCCAAGCGGAGGAGGCGCUGUCUUGAGCCUACUAAGGCUCCACCGGACCCAGGGGGCCGAGAGGGGCCCCCUGCCACUGAAGGGGCCCCGGCCUCAGCUGGUGAGGAUGUAGACCUGCUCUCUGUGGCUGAGAUGGUGGCCCUGGUGGAACAGCGGGCCGCCCUGGCCCUGCAGAACUACCCACGCCCCGGCACCCCGGCGCCUGUGGUCUUCGUGUCGGCUGAGCAGGGUGGGCCUGCCAAAGGGCUGGGGUCCGAGCGGAGGUCUGGUGGCGGGGACUGCAGCCGCGUAGCUGAGGCAGUGGCCCACUUUGAGGCCCAGCGGGACAGCCCUCCAGCCAAAGGCCUCCGCAAAGAGGAGCGGCCUGGGCCCGGCCCAGGGGAGGUGCGCAUCGCCUUUCGUAUCUCCAACGGCCGAGAGCCCCGGGCGCCCGACGGCAGCUUGCCCAACGGGAGCAGCGGCCGGCCCGGUUGUGCCUACCCUGGCAGCCCAGGCCCCGGGGCCCGAGCCAAGGACAAGAUCACCUGUGACCUGUACCAGCUCAUCAGCCCCUCUCGGGAUGCCCUGCCCAGCAAUGUGGAGUUCCUUCUGGCUCGGGCGGAUGAAGCCAGCGAGGGGGAGAGCCCGGUCCCUGCCAGGCCUGAGGACACUCCCCCGGCGCCCCCUCCACCCCCUGCCCGGGACUGCGGCGCGUCAGGCUUCCACGUGGACGUGGUAGUGACGGGUGUGGUGGACGAGUGCAUCUUCUUUGGCAAGGAUGGCACCAAGAAUGUGAAAGAGGAGACGGUGUGCCUGACGGUCAGCCCCGAAGAGCCGCCCCCACCGGGCCAGCUCUUCUUCCUCCAGUCCCGGGGUCCGGACGGGCCCCCCGAGCCGCCCCCAGCCGACUCCCCCACCACCGCGCCAGGCCCGGACGACGCUGAGGGGACAGCGGACACCUCCCUGUGCCGCCUGUAUCGGCACGUGUCGCACGACUUCCUGGAGAUCCGCUUCAAGAUCCAGCGGCUGCUGGAGCCGCGGCAGUACAUGCUGCUGCUGCCCGAGCACGUACUGGUGAAGAUCUUCAGCUUCCUGCCCACGCGGGCCCUGGCGGCCCUCAAGUGCACCUGCCACCACUUCAAGGGCAUCAUUGAGGCGUUCGGUGUGCGGGCCACAGACUCGCGCUGGAGCCGCGACCCCCUGUAUCGCGAUGACCCUUGCAAGCAGUGCCGCAAGAGAUACGAGAAGGGUGACGUGUCGCUCUGCCGCUGGCACCCGAAGCCCUACCACCACGACCUGCCUUACGGACGUUCCUACUGGAUGUGCUGCCGCCGAGCGGACCGCGAGACGCCUGGCUGCCGCCUGGGUCUGCACGAUAACAACUGGGUGCUGCCCUGCAACGGGCCGGGCGGGGGCCGGGCCGGCCGGGAGGAAGGGAGGUGAAGCCGGGGGAGGGGUGGGGGGAGAGCCCACCGUGCCCACCCCUCCCCCUGCCCCCUGGGAGCCCAGGGCCAGGACUGGGUCACCCUCCAGGCGGUGUUGAUCCCCUUCCAGAACCGAGAUGGGGUUCAGGGGGAUGAUUGAGAAGGCACUCCGAUCGACCAACCCCUAUUGGUUUUCUACUCUUCAGACCCAGGGCCCGUGGACCCUUCGAGCAGGGUGGUUUUUAUCAGCAUCUCAAUUUCUUCUCCGUUCAGCCCCAACACCCUCCUUGCCACUCUACACCCCAGGGACCCACCAGCAGGGAGCAGACGGCAGCUAAUUUUGGUACUACUUAAGGGUUCCCCCAUUCUGGCCCCCUUCUGCUGCACCCCCCGCCCCCAUCCCAUGCCAGCCAGUUCUUUGUCUCUGGAGCUGUGUUCUCCCAAGAGGCUGCAGCAUGCAAAGCCAGUAUCUCUCCUGACCUGCCACACCAGGGCUCACCUCCUCUUUAGGAAUUGGGGGCCAUCAGAUCACAGAUCAGAUGUGGCACUUUUCAUGGCAACCUGCCAUUUCUAGAUGUUUUCCCCAUUAAAACAAUAAAAAAAAAAAAAUCACUGUUUUCUUCUUAACCUAAAGCUACCAUACCAGUCUCUUCGCUUCCCCUAAAGAAGAGAAAAUAAAGCUGAAAUAUAAAAAUUCCCCAUCUCCCAUUAUUUAAACUAUUGCCAUCGCUUCUCUACCCCCCC